CUCUUUCUCACUUUGGUGUUCACACAGAGUUGCUGGUCAGAAGCAUUUAAAAUGAAUGCAGGCAUUUACUAAAAGGAAAAGAACACUUUCAUCCCCCUCCCCCCACCUCUUUCUCUGUCUCUCAAUUUCCAUCUCCACCCUCCUUUUCCCAGUGGACAAAUGUGGACGUAAAAAUAUUUGAGCAAAUCUUACAUCUGGUUGGCUGUUUACUCCCUUAUAUACUCACGCAGAAAAUUGUCUCCACUUCCAAAAUGGAAAAAGUCUGCUGGGGGCUAAGGAAGCUUUCUUUGGUUCGGAUGUCAGCGUGAAAUGUGUGCCAGGGGUUUAAGGACACCUCGGAGAGACUGAAGACGUUGCUAAAUUUGCACUGGAAACUGAAAGAACUUCAGAACUCCCGUUCCUGAAACAUCCUGCAUAAUCAACAAUCACACCAUGGAAAAAGAAUCCAGCUAUAACCUGACUGCACCCAGUGUGUCUUUGUUACACCCUAAUAUGACCUCAUGUGACUACAUAUCUACCUCCACCUGGCAGUACCAGAAGAAAGUGAUUCCCGCUAUCUACAGCCUCAUUUUCCUACUGGGUUUUCUUGGGAACAUGCUGGUGGUGUGUGUGUUGUUUCACAGUUCAGGCCGAAGGACUGUAGCCAACACGUAUCUGAUGAAUCUAGCCAUGUCAGACUUACUGUUUCUGAGCUCUUUGCCGUUCUGGGCUGUGUACUAUUCACUGGAUUACAACUGGGUUUUCGGGAAGGUCAUGUGUAAGCUGUGUGGAGGUCUGGUAACGAUAAACGUCUACGCUAGUAUAUUUUUCAUCACCUGUAUGAGUGUUGAUCGAUAUUAUGCCAUCGUCUACCCACUGCACUCUCAGAGCUGUAGGAGCAUAAAUCGGGCCAGAUGUGUUAGCGGCAUCAUUUGGGUCGUGGCGGCUUUGACAACGUUGCCAACAGUUGUGUUCCGUGACAUACACAUUAUUUCCAGUAACAAUGUUACGGCUUGUGUCAUUUAUUUCCCCAGUUCCCACUGGCAAACCGGGUUAACUCUUGCUAAGAACACCCUCGGAUUCUUCCUGCCAUUUGUCAUCAUUGCAACCUGCUACAGCCGAAUCGCCGUGCACCUUCUGGCCACCCCAAACUACCUGGAGCAAGACUAUACCCGACUGCUCCAUGUGUUGCGAAUGGUGGUCGCUGUGGUGUUGGUGUUUUUCUUUUGCUGGUUUCCAUUCCAUGUCCUGGCGUUCCUCGGAGCUCUGGGAGAGCUGGGUGUGGAGUUGGAUUGUUGGGUGCUCCAAGCGAUCCAUAAACUCCUGCCAUUCUUCAUCUGCCUCGGCUUUUCCAACUCUGCCAUAAACCCUUUCCUGUACUGUUUUGUGGGAAAUCACUUCCAAGAGAAACUGUGGCAGUUUUACGGGGAUGUGUUGUCGCAGAAAAGAGAUUCUAUCAGCACAAGACUGUCUUCCUUCUCCAGGAAACUGAGUGACCUUAAAGAAACUGUGCCUAUGGAGUUUCUUGAGCAGCAGAACAACCUGUAGUGGAAUCUAGUGAAGCUAAAAACUUUUCUUUUUACUAUUAUUAUAACUGCAGAGGACACCAUGUCAAUGUCAGUCAAGUGCAUUUCCAUAGAGAGAUGAUCAGGUCAGAUGUUGUUGUUGGUUGCUAUUAUUGUGCUUGUUUCACUGUGUCUUAUUUCAAAUUAUGCAGUGGCUGUGAUUUAGCACCGACAUUUAGUUAAAAAACAACAUGUAGAAAUAUAGCCCACAUACUAUAAAGACUUUAUCCAGGAUGAGGAAUUUUCAGAUUUUUCUGCACAAAUCACAUAUAACGAGAAAAGAAAAGAAAGAAAGGUAAAGUACAGCUGUAUAGUCUUAAUGUUUGAAUUUCUGGUAAUAUCAGAGCUGUAAAUAACACUCAAAUAUUAGACAAUGUUAAACAUGUCUUGCACAUAGCUGAUAUCUGCCAGACUAAAACUCUUUAAGCUGUCAUUUAAAGAGUCACAGUAAUAUAACUUUGAGUAUUAGUUGUUAAAAUCAUAAAUCACGGUAAAUUUAAUUAUAAUUCUGUUAUAAUGGAACAUCAUCAAUAAAUGGUGUUUGCAAGUGAACAAUUUUACUGUUUCUUUCUGUGAUUGUCUGUCUGUCUGUCUGUCUUUCUGUCUGUGUCUGUCUGUAAUCAUGAUGAGACUAUCAGCUUAAACUUGGCAUUAUCAUGAUUAUUAUUAUUAACAUUAUCAUGACAGCCGUUAUUUGAAUUUUCAUUUAGCUUUGUUCAAGACCUGCUGUCUCAAAAGCCUUCAUUACAGAUCUUAAGAGUAGAUCCUUGAGAACAGAUGUAGAUCAAUGCCUUUCAAGUCAUACUUUUUCAACAAGUUUUUCUUCAGUUUUUCCAGGGAUCUAGAAGAACCUGCUUUGCAUCUAGUAGGAUUCCUUCUUUCUCUGAGAGUUUAAGUAAUAUAGUGUAGUACAAAUUUUCUCAUGUUUUACUUGAUUAGUUGAGUUUCCAAAGAUCUGCCGUGACCUGUAGACAGAGUUGCUGCACACAUUCUCUGUAAUGUCUUUUUCUCACGUUCCUUUUUGCAUUUCAGAAAUCCUGUAAUUGUCUUUAUUUAAAUCAAGCUUUUCAUUUGCUCCAGUGAUUCAAGUUCUUCCCUAAACCCCCAGACCGAGAAAUUCUCAGACAUCAGUGUUUUCAUCUGUUAAUCAUUAUUUGAAAUUAAUUUUCUCUAUAAAGACAAGAUAAAUAUUUUUGAACUUUUCAGUUGAUGAAGCAUAAAGGGGAGGACAUUUUUAGACUGAUGAAAAAUGUUGAUAGGUGAAAGAGAAGCUGGUUUGUUUGUUGAAUAAUAGUUAAGAAUCUGGUCCGUUGAUGCAAAGGUUUCAGGUUCAGACCAUAAAAACAUUUACUGAGAUAACCAUGAUCUGAAGCGCCAUGAUCUAAAUGAGUGUGUGAGAUAAGAGAGACAAAAAAGUGGAUCUCCAGGACCGGAGUUGAGAACCACUGCACUAGAGUAUAAAAAACACACUUAUUUUGUCCUUAAAUAUUCCAAACAUUAACAAAAUAUAUUGAUAAUGAAAGUAAAAUGUAAUAAUGUAUGAAUACUUUUAUUCCGUUCCAGCCAGCACACAAUGCACACUGUAUGUUUGUGCAAAUAGAUGCAUUUUGUUCAGUUUGUAAAAUUUAAAAGAGAUCAGAGGGAGCUACACCCCAUUUGUCUCACUUAGUCAUUGUUUCAACAGCAGAACAGAACACAGUGUUCCUGAACACUCAUAUUGAGAGCAAUGACCACACACACACACACACACACAACUAUGAACAUAGACAUUAUUAUUUUAUAUCAAGGAAACAAAUUCAAAGUUGUGUGAAGGUGACUUAUGUUUAGUUGUUUUGUGUGUGUCUUUUGUUGUUGAUGUUGGGGGGGAGGAUGUGGUAGGUAUGCUUGAGAGGUGUGUGUCCUGCUGUGUGUUUAUAUGUAGUGGUUGCAGUCUGGCAAGUUUUAAAUCACUUUCACAGACUAAACUGCACAGAUUUCCACACACAGGUAAGAACCUCUAUUGCUUUAAAGUGCAUACACGCUAUAGCAGAGAAAUGCACUGGCCAUUUUGUAAAUGUCCUCCUCAUUGACAUUGUGAAACUAUAUGAGCUAAGUCUAAAACCAGCCUGAAAUGCUCCUUGUGAAAAUAAUUGCAUACAUGAGAGAUCCUUGCUGAUAAAACUUUUAAGGUUUGGGUAUUUAACUCAUCUAUGUGUUGAAGUUUUUUUCUGAGUGGGUUUGGAAUAUGUGUUCUUUCUCUAACUGUGAUCAAUUACAUUUUAACAAAACAAGUAACGAAAAUCAUUUCACUGUUCUGGGAAGUGAGGAGGACAUCCUGCCAUUAUGUUAUAGACUUAGUUGAUAUGUGUGUGACGUUAUGCUUUUUGAUCCUGGAAUGUUUUAGGAGGAGGACAUGACUUUUAUGAAUGUACUAGCUAAUUUUGUGAAAGAUGAUACUGCAUGUGUAUAUCAACUUCAGAUAAAAGAUCACUCUAAAUUGUUAAGUAGACAUGCAUUUUAUGUAAAGCUGCUUUGAAGCCAUGUGUAUUGUGAAAAGUGCUAUACAAAUAAAUUUUAAUUUGAAUAUGACUUAAUAUAGUCAAACACUGACA